UAGCAUUUGCCAAGAAAAGAUAGAAAGGAAUCAAUCCACUGUCCAUUCUCUCCCAAAAGUCCUCUACUUCCCAAGUUAACCUUCCUUUCUUUCAUUCAUUCAUUUGGAGAAGCCUUUGUAAGAUCACCUCAAGGCUUGAAUGGUUCAUCCCAUCAAAAAUUGGAUGCCCUCUCUUCUUUUUCUCUCCUUUGGCUCUGCCUGGUACUAUCGUUGCAUCGGCCUUGACCCUUAAUUUGUUACACACACACAUAUAUAUACCUUUUCCUUGUACCAAUAGAAGUAUAGAAAGUUGAUGAAAUCAUAUAACUCUGAGAAAAUGUCCAUAUUUCAGACGCCAAUAAAGAAGGUUAAGGGUACUAGGUUGUUAAUCACGGUUAAUGUCCUAGGAAGUGCUGGACCGUUAAGGUUUGUUGUGAAUGAGAAUGAUAAGGUUGCUAAGGUUGUUGAAACCGCUCUGAAACAAUAUAGUCGCGAGGGACGACUUCCACUUCUGACUUCUAACGUCAAUGAUUUCUUUUUGUACUCAACCACUGCUGGAAUUGAUGCUCUGGAAGCAUCAGACUCGAUAGGGUCACUAGGAGUGAGGAAUUUUAUCCUCUGUAAGAAGCAGAAAGAGCCACUGAUGACAGAAAGAAGGACACAUGGAAAUGGAAAAAGGGGAUGGAAAGCUUGGCUGACUAAGUCCUUUAACUUCAAGAUUCAUUCCCAUUGAAUCACACUCUUGAUGUGUCUUUGCUAAAUGUGGUAAUUUCAUCAAGCAUUUGCAGUUGUAAUAGAUAUGAUAUUUACAUUAAUAAAUGAUGUAUACAUAUGGGUGCAUCAGUUCCUAAGUUA